CAUAUUGAAUGUACGAAAUUACUAUACUUUCCUAUACAUUUAUUUAUCAAAUUAUUGAAAGACGUACAUGUACACACACCAAUGUGUGUUUUGUCAAGAAAAUCAAGAUGACAGCCAAGUUUUGGUGGCAUCUGGGAUUGCCUUCGCUGUACAGAUAUGGUGCAUAGAUAAAGGCGGCCCCGUCUUCGUCGCUGUCUACCAGCCCGUUCAGACACUCGUCGUCGCUAUCACCUCUUCCCUUCUCUUGGGAGAGGAGUUCUACUUGGGCGGGAUAAUUGGUGCAGUGAUGAUCAUAUUCGGAUUGUAUUUAGUGGUAUGGGGAAAGAGUGAAGAGAAGAAGAAGAAGAAGUUUGCAGAGAUCCAGCGCCGCGCGGAGCACAACACCCCGCAGAUCAGGACGUGCAUCACCCAGCCACUCCUGGCGCAGUCAUUUGACUAUGGAUAAAAUAGGAAAAUCAAAUUCGGCUAUGAUUUAAUAUGAAAAUGGUUUGCUUUUCAUCUUCCUCUAAGGGAAGAACAAAAAAAGAAAAGGAAGAGGGUUCUAAGGGAAUUUUGAUUGUAAAAUGGGAUGUAAAUGUCCCUUGUGUUUUUAUACAAGUACCAAUGUUUAAU